CAUGGCUGCUGAGGAAGGACAGAGGGGAAGAGCAGCGGUUUACCCUCAGCCAGACUGUGGCUUUCACCGCUUCUACACCAAGCUCUCCACCAUCAGGGCCUCGGACGACGAGAAUUUUAAAACCGAGGUCAACCUGGUGUUCGAUCAGCUCAUCUCGGAAAACUACCUCAACGAUCCCAGCAUCAGCCGCGAGCACGUAUGUUCUUUACUUGUCCAAGCCUGUCGACUUGUCCAGUUAAACCAGGAGCACCUCGUAAACAAAAUGUGUCAACUAAUCCAUCAUUUGCUUAACCGCUUACAGGUGACAGUGGAUGAACAGAGUUUGGAUCUCCUACUCUCCUACUGCAUCCGAGCACUGCAGCAGUGUAACUCCUGGACCCAUGUGGAAAUACUGCAGGCAGUGGCUGCCCUUGUCUAUGGUAAUGGGACACGAUGCCAAAAGUUCCUUCCAGACCUGCUGGGGAAAGAAGGAAUCUUACUUCAGCUUAGCGCACCAACCCAGCCAGACGUGGACCUGCGGAGGGCUGCGGUAUAUUGCAUGGCUAAUCUCUGUCUUGGUGUGCCUGGACAGCCGUACUUGGAUGAACCGUACAAAACUGUGGCUCUACAGACCUUUCUCAUUGUGAUGCGGAACCCAAGGUCUCCUGAUGUUGAUGAUGUCACCGUAUGUAAGUUGUUGCAAAAUGCAUUGAAAGGCAUCCAUUCCAUUCUGAAUGCAGGGAGGAUUAAUCUGAUGCAAACUGAUCAACUAGGGAAUCUCCUUGCAGUUCUAAAGACGUACAUGUUCUAUGGUUUUCCAGGUGUGAACAUUGAAGUUCCUGCUGUUCUUUACCCAGCUUCUCUGCCACAGUAUGAAGGCAGCUCACCCAUAAAGGAGCAAAUAGGAAGUGCUACAAACUCUUCAAAGCAAGUCGGGCAUAAGAAAAGGAAAUCUCGAUCCAAAAACAAGAAGGAACAAUUGGAAGAUCAAAGGGAAGAGCAAAAAGAGACAACACAGCAAGAAGUUCUCCAAGGAGCAGACAGUGGGAGGCAAAGAGGAGGUGACUCAAAUUUCAACCUCCUUCCAGGAUGGAACAAUUCUGAUCAGAUAGUGCCUUCUUUAGAUGGAAAGGAUCUUUCAAAUUCCUUCUAUCCCAGCUGGAAAAAAAUAAAUAGCUCUGAUUCUGAGUAUUCGGAUACUGAGGGAGGAAUCCAGUCCAAACUGAGAUCACUGCAAGCAAAAGUUCGCCAGGGGGCUUUAUCCUGCUUCCUUUCAACUAUAAAGUCAUUAGAGAAGAAGGUUUUAUAUGGCUACUGGUCUUCAUUCAUUGCAGAUAUCCCUGGCAUUGGAAGCCCACAAGCUGUUUCCUUGAUGACAAUUGCUUUGAAAGAUCCAUCACCAAAGGUCCGUGCUGCUGCUCUCCAAGCCUUAUCAGCCAUCUUGGAAGGAUCUAAGCAAUUCCUGUCUGUUGCAGAGGACACCAAUGAUCAUCGGAGAGCUUUCACACCUUUCUCUGCAACAUUGGCUUCCAACAUCAGGGAGCUGCAUAGAUGUCUGCUGAUUGCCCUUGUAGCAGAAUCCUCCCCACAGACACUCACCCAGAUAAUCAAGUGCCUUGCUAAUCUGGUAACCAAUGUACCAUACAACCGCCUCAAACCAGGACUCCUUACCCGUGUUUGGAACCAGAUCAAACCCUACAACCGCCGCAAAGAUGUCAAUGUGCGUGUGUGCAGCCUGACUUUACUGGGAGCGAUCAUUUCCGUGCAGGCCCCACUACCUGAGGUACAGCUGCUGCUACAGCAGCCUAGCUCUUCAGGCCUCUCUAACAGUGGCUCAGGAACACCCCACCGCCUCAGCGACUUAGAGUCUUGGAGAAAACCCCAACAAACAGGAACCCGUGAUGGAGAAAAGGAGAACUCAGAAAGUCCACUGUUCGAGCUCUGCUGGUUGAUUCAGUUGUGCAUUUCCAUCAUCACAUUACCAAAACAGGAGCCAUAUUCAGACAGUGACGCCAGUACAGGAGCAGCAAACAGCACGUAUGAGCCCUCUCCAGUGCGAGUAGAAGCACUACAGGUAUUGGCGUUGCUUGUUAAAGGAUAUUUCACAAUGGCACAGGCCAACUUGCUGGAGUUGGGAGAAGUAGCAUGUAAAUGUAUGGAGGAGCCAGAUCCAUCUAUUCAACUGCAUGGAGCCAGGCUGCUGGAGGAGAUAGGCUCAGGGAUUGUCCAGCAACAUAAGCUGGACUCUCCCAUACCCCUCUGUGACAGAGUGCUUGUCAGUCAGGUUGUGACCUUCUGGUCCAGGAUGUUGAAUGGUCCUUUGCCCGGGGCAUUACAAAAUGAUGAACAUCCGACACUCCAGACUAGCACCUGCGAUGCAAUAUCUUCAAUUUUACCAGAGGCUUUUAACAGUCUUCCAAAUGAAAAGCAGAUUCUGUGCAUAACUAUGCUGCUCGGGCUCAAUCAUAGCGAACAUCCUCUGGUCAAGGCAGCUGCUGUGCGAGCACUCGGUGUUUACAUCCUCUUCCCCUCGCUCCGACAGGAUGUGAUGUUUGUGGCUGACACUGCGAAUGCCAUCCUGACCUCCUUGGAUGACAAAUCCCUGAAUGUUCGUACCAAAGCAGCCUGGUCAUUGGGUAAUCUCACGGACACCUUAAUUGCUAACAUGGAGUCCAUGGGGCUGGGUUUCCAGGAGGAGUUUUCAGAUGUUCUGCUACUCAAGAUGUUGAAAUCCGCUACACAUGCAUCCAAUGAUAAAGACAAGGUGAAGAGCAAUGCUGUGCGAGCUCUAGGAAAUCUGCUGCACUUCCUGCAGCCUCACCACAUCUCCAAACCCCAGUUCAAGGCCAGCAUUGAGGAGUCAAUCCAGGCUUUAAUCCGCACUGUUCAGAGCGAGGCCACCAUGAAGGUGCGGUGGAAUGCAUGCUACGCAUUGGGGAAUAUGUUCAAAAAUCCAGCUAUUCCACUCGACUCCGCUCCCUGGGCAGCUCAGGCUUUCAGUGCCUUGACCUCGGUGGUGAAAACCUGCAAAAACUUCAAAGUGCGCAUCAAAUCAGCCAUGGCCCUCUCCGUCCCCGACAGCCGUGAACGUUAUGGGGACAGCAAACAGUUCAGCGAGAUUUGGAACGCACUGGUGCUGGCCUUGGAAAAGAGUGAAGAGACCGAAGACUUCCUGGAGUUCAAGUACUGUGCCAGUCUGAGAACUCAGAUCUGCCAGACACUGCUGCACCUUCUCCACCUCAUCAACGCUGAAGACCACCCCUGCAUCAGCAAAUCCAUUUCCGAGAAAGGUGACUUAAUCCGAACCUUUGUUCAGCGCUUUCUCACUUCAGGGACGGAGGCUGAUGAAACUCCGACAGACCCACAGGAUAGGGUCAGGAUGUUGCAAAAGGCCUUUCAGCACCUACGCAGCCUUCAGGAGGUGCCGUUGGAGGAGAGAGAGCGGGUGGCCAAAUACCUGGAUGAAAUCCUGAAACAUUGCGCAGAAUCCACAGCCCUACAGAGUGGUCUGAAAGAUAGUCAGGAGUGAAGUGUUCUGCCCACUUCUUGCUGAAUGUCCAAUGCUUUUGAACAUUACAACAGCUCUGUCUGUUUUGCUUUUAUAAUUGCUUCUUAAAAGAUGGAGGUGGGGUGCCCUGGCACGUGGGAGACUCCAUUGCAUUAGACGCUCCCGACCCUCCUCUGGGACUAUAAGGUCACACUUGGUGAACAUCAAUAAGUUGAAAGUCCAUUUUCUCUGUGGGUAUGGAGGCAUUUUUGUAUCGUUUCAAUCCAGGUUCCAGUGGACAGGAACCCUGAGCGUGUCAAAACUGCCCCAAAUUCUCCAACAGACUCUUCCAGAGAGGCUGAAAAAUGUCACACUGAUGCAAUUAGAGGCCAUUCUUUUUAAUUUAUAAACCGAAUACAGAGUACGUCACUUUGUGUCCAACCUGGUGUAGGAGUGCCCGAUGGUGACACAGGAUGCCUGAGCUAGAAAGGGCAAUGAUCAUCAGCACUGACAUCCUCUGUUUGACAAUUUUUUUGUUGUUGACGUGUGGGUGGAAUAUUAAAUACACUGAAAUGCCAUUGAGAUGCCACAAUGUAUUCAGUGCAAGUGGGUGGCAGAGCUGUGGAGUGGAAUAUUUUCAUUAUGUAUCUAAUGACUGUUCUGAUUCCUCUCAGGCUGUCGGUCAGAGAAGUAUUUCUAUAUGUAAUUGUUUUUUUAAACCUGUAGCACCAUCACACCAUUUCCACCCACACACUCCCUCACCAUCAUCAGCCAAGUAUUACAGAAAGCUGGAGUCAUUGCAUUUUUCAGUGUAUUGUGAUAUUGAUCAGACCAACAGGGAGUAACAUUUAAGACGGUUUCACACAAAGGGGAAGAGAGAAUGAGUUAUGGAUGGAUGUGGUGAACUCUUUUGCCCUGGCAUCCUGUUUAUGCUCCAGGGAUGCAUUUCCAGCUCCAUUCCUGUUUCUGACCCCAGCCGGCUGAUGUCACAAAUGCUGUGUAUUUAAAUAGACUUCCCCCAGGGCUGUGAUCUGCUAAAACUUGAUUGACAUGAUGCAAAGGGAUUUGGGCUUUCAUAGGGAACGCCACAGCUACUCGGGAUUUCACUUUUUGAUUUUUGCAUGCGCUGAGGAUUAUUGAUCCCACUUCACAUUUGCAAUCCAAAAUUAGUAUUGCAAAAUUCAUGCUGACGCCAUUGGCGGAUCCUCGCAAUGAUCGAUCAAUCCCCAUCUUCAACUCCUGGCUUCCACUCGGUUGCAUUCUUGGGAUUUCCAGCUGCUGAAAUGUCAGGGGAUAGGACUGAGACCAGAAAGAAUUUUCACAGAGUAAGAUAUUUUGUUGGACUUGGAGUCAAGGUGAAGAAACCUUUUCACACAGAGGUACAUGCUUUCAAACACUUGUGACCCAGAAGGAGCAAAGACAUUUCUUUGGCACUUGCUCUGAAUUGAUAGAAUGUGAUUUUUCUCAUAAAACUUGUGCCUUUUUCCCCAUCCCCUGCCUAAGAGCUGCUUGCCACUCCACAGACAGCCAGAAAUAAUGCAGAGCAACAGUCACCCCAACGCCAACUAAAGAAUUGGGCAAAGCCAUGCAAGUGCUAAGUUUAGGCUUUACCAUGUUAAACAGUGAUCCUGAUUUUGUGGGAAUGACAGUGAAACAGUUAGAAUUCGCUGUCAUUACUACGCUGAAAGAGCAGUUUUGGACACACACACACACACACACACACACACACACACACACACAAAAUCAGUCAUUCUAUGCUUUGAAGAAGAUGCAGAGCAGAGUUUGCCCAGAGUACGAUCCAUAAAGAAUCAGUGAAUUGAUGAGAUCUUCCACUCUUAUUUACACUUCUGGUCUCACUGUACAAAACAAAAAGCUUGGAAAAAAUUGCAUCUUGUUGAAUGAGGUGUAAUUGGGUUUUUAACAACGUACUAACAAUAAAUAAUGCGAAACACCAUCUCUGGCCAUAAAGCCAAUAUUUUUAUUUGUGGAACAUCAAAUGUCUCUGCUGCGAUGAUAAAUUUCACGUUGGGAUGAUUUUUGAAAAUUUGUUCAUAUUUUAGCCUCUGAU